CGUCCGAUCUGUGUGCCGCCUCUGCUCCUCCGUUCCCGGGUCCCUGUGGCCUUGGGAUCACAGAGCCGCCACUGUCACCUGUUACAGAGUUGCAGUGCGUCAAAGCAGGAUGGGUGCAAAAAAGAAAAGAAAAAGAAAAAUGACUCGAACGUGUACUGCGCAGUCCACAGGCCUCGGCCGUGCUCCGUCCUCUAGGAAAGGGGGAAAGGCUGGCUCCCUUCCGCUUUAGGACCGCAAACUUCUCAGGGCUUCACAGAGUCAGGAGAACGAAUCUUCCCCUCACGAUCCCAUGGCCGGAAGCUAUGGUGUGAUGGCUGACGACGGGUCUAUUGACUACACAGUCCAUGAGGCCUGGAAUGAAGCCACCAAUGUUUACUUGAUAGUUAUCCUUGUUAGCUUUGGUCUCUUCAUGUAUGCCAAGAGGAAUAAAAGGAAAAUUAUGAGGAUAUUUAGUGUGCCCCCCACAGAAGAGAUGUUGUCAGAGCCCAGCUUCUAUGACACAGUGAGCAGAAUUCGCUUAAGACAACAGGUGGACGCACAUCCUGUUUCAAGAAAAUACGAGUAUCAACAGCCACAAAGCCAGGCUGAUAGUGUGCAGCUCUCGUUGGAAUGAAACUUGAGACUGAGCAACAGGAGUGAUUGUGGUGCAGUAUGAGAAGCAAGUUCUUCACCCCCUCUACUAAAUCACGAACGGCAUUCAGGAAGCUUGGCCUACUGUUCCCCUGUCCAAAGCCUUCACUUGUUGCUUCUUCUAGGGCUUUCUGCAUAAAUGCAAACAUGCGUCUUAGAAGGAAAAUGCUUUGUGACUAGAGAUGAGGUCUUGCCCCUUUGAGAGCAGUGAUGUCUUCAGGAUACAGUGAAACAUACAAGCAUGUCUUCGGAAGCAAGAAUCCUAGAGUUAAUGUCACUUUAGAAUAUUUGUAUAGAGUUAAAACAUGAAAUUCUAGCUGUGGGGGUAGUUUGCUCUUAGGACGUAGUCUAUAAUGAUAUUUAACAUUGGUAGCAGGCUAAUUCGUGUUGCUUCUACAAUUGUUCCUGGCUCUUUGAGUGACCUUUCCUUCAAGACUUGUAUGACACACAAGGACUUUACAGUCUCUUCUGCACCAUGAAGCUUAUCCCAGCUGCUACUUGUGGAUACUUUCUGUAUCUGGGUUUGUCUCCCUUUGAUUGUAUUUCCAAAAUUGUUAUUUUGUUUCUGAUUCCACAUUUCCCUUGCCUCCCUAGGGCUCCUUGAGGCCAUACUGUUAGACAAGGAGAAGUCUCUGUCUUGCUGUCGGCGCCCCCUCACGUUCCCAUGGUUUCCCCAUCCCUGUUGAUGGUUACAGCAGUGUCUUCUGUUGCUUAAAGCUUUGCUGAAAACCCAGCUGCCUCGCACCGUUUUGUACUAUACAAUGGAAACCCAAUGUUUCACGUUUAUUCUUACAAAAGCUGGUUGGAGGUAGUAGUAGAAGCAAGUUGAAACUCAAUCUGAAAGACACAGUCCUACUGCCUUGAUGAGUACAAGGGUCUCUAGAGAAACCAGAGCAGAGGGAGACAGAACAGGAGAAAGUGGACCACAGGAGGACACACAUCACAGUUUGCUUUAAGUGUUACUGAGUUAACAGAUGAUCCCUGAACUAUGAAUCUGUAAGGCAGACCACCUGCAGCCUGUUAGAAAGCAAACAGCUAAAAGACAAGCACUCACUGAGCUACCUUCAGCUGUGGCCCACCACAACAUUAUAGUUUGAUUUCUGCCAAUCUGAACAAAAGAACAAAAGUCAAUACUCCAGCAGACAUUGACAGAGCCAAGGGACUCUGCACUAUAUUGUUCUUUGUGACUAGAUAAAACACGUAGCAAGAAUCGGAAGAACAGGCGAAUGAGACCCAUGGUCAAGAGGAGAAGCAUCAAUAUAAAUGGGAUUUCAAAAUGUCCCAUAUGUGAAAUCAACAGGCAGGGACCUAAAAGCAGCUGCUACGAGCAUGAGAUUAGGAUUGGAGUAACAGCCCAGAAAUGUAAGGAAUCUAGUGAUAUUAGUCCAAUCUUCAGGGUUACUAGCGUUAACUCAGGUACAAAUAGAGGAAGAUUUGGGGCAGAACAGAAGCAGUCUCAACACCUGCACAUACAUGUACAUACAUCAUAUAUGUG